CUUUGUUCAGUGUCACAGGGUUAGCUCAUGUUUGUCCUUGUGACCGUGUCCCGGGGCGGCCGCAGUGUAGAGCUGAUCAGUGCGGAUCUACGGGGGAGAGACAGACCAUCACCAUGUCUGGAACUGAGAGCGUCCAGCUGAACUUCCCACACUACAGCUCUGUGCUCCUGGAUACACUGAACAAGCAGCGAUUGGAGGGAAAGUUCUGCGAUCUCUCUGUCCAGGUCCAAGAUCGUGUCUUCCAAGCUCACAAAACCAUCUUGGCCGCUUCAUCUCCUUACUUCCACGACAAGCUGCUUUUGAAUGACACCAACUGUCUGGUGUUGCCCAGUGUCAUUCAGCCCGAUACUUUUGAGAACCUUUUGCAACUUAUUUACUCUGGGAGACUUUGCCUCGAAUUGGAAGCAUUACCCUCACAUCUCCUAGUAGCCAGUGGUCUACAGAUGUGGCAAGUGGUAGACCGAUGUUCUGAGAUUCUUAAAGAGCGGCAAGCGUGUGUCCCACAGACCUGGUCGAGUCGUGCCAGUGAAAGCCAGUCACCGAGCAGCAGCUACCAGUUGCCACGAGAUGACCCGCCACCACCACCGGCAGUUCCAACGGUCACGUUGGCUUGUUCAGAUGAAGAAGAGGUGAUCAAAGUUCGAGUUUCGGAGGAAGAGGAGGAAGAGGAAGAAGAGGAGGAUGAUUUAAAAAGUGGUGCAAAUGUCCUGGACGACUCUGUAGUCACCAAUUGCUCUUAUGCUCUCCCGUCUUCCUCUUCGUCACCUGAAACCCCCAAAGUCAUCUACAUCAAGCAAGAGCGCACUGACGAGGAUGGAGGUUAUAUGAAGGCCUUUGAGAUCACCGAGGUGCAGGCUGAUUAUCCGUCAGAGCUGAGCUAUGUCGUCCCUCCAGUAUCAUCGCCAUCGUCUUCCGAUGUGUCUCUCUGCAUCCCUCGGAAACUUUACAGUAGCUCAGAACCAACUUCCUUCACUAUUUCCAAACCUGUGGACCUUCAUGGAAAUGAGAUUGUAACCCAAGCUCUUCAGGCUCAAUCGGUUCACGCUCCUGUUAAGCUUAUAGCUACCCCAGAUGGGAAAAAGUUUGGCUGCUUGUGUGGGAAGCGGUUUGCAGUAAAGCCCAAACGUGACCGCCAUAUCAUGCUGACCUUCAGCCUCCGCCCGUUCGGCUGCUCUGUCUGCCACAAGAAGUUCAAACUGAAGCAUCAUCUAACAGAACAUAUGAAAACGCACGGCGGCAGCUUGUUCUCUUGUGAAGACUGUGGCCGUAAAUUCAGGGUGGAAAGUUGCUAUCAAAAGCAUAAGGAAGUUUGCAAAGGACAGAGGUGGGCAGGGGCCUGCUGGACUUACAAAUUCUCAAACCCUAUGACCGAAGGGGAAAAAACAGAGGCCAUCUGUUCUACAGAUUAUUAGCUAAGUUUUCUGGAUGUCCCCAGAAUGAAUACGUCCCCAUAACCAGGAGAGUAGUCCUAGAUCUGUACUAUUGUAGCCUGGAGACUGCAAUUAGAGCUGCCAUGUAUUGAGUGCUGCCCUCUUCUGGACUGUGCUUGCUGGAGGUCUAUACGAAUGUUGGUUUUAUUGUGGUAUAUUAUGAUAUAUCAGCAUCACAUCACUUUUUUUUUUUUUAUAAACAAAAAGUCUUUAUACUGUUUUACAUGGGACCUCUGAGGUGCAGAUCUGUUUUUUGUAUUGGUGUCCUGACACUUGUGGACCCACAGACGACCCAUAAUCGGAGGCUGUGUGCGUUACCGGAUUAGUCAGUCUUCUGACACUGUCAUAGACAAAAAAUAAUGAGGAGUUCCCGCAAAUGAUGCCCCAAACAUUUUACGGAACCCAUGUACAUCCUGCAUCAGCAUUUAGGCGGCAAGUUCGACUUUAGGUCUUUGUGUAAAUACACACAUGUAACCCUCAUGUAUGUCAUUACGUGUCUUCUUCAUAUACAGGAGUAGAAAGUGUGUUCCACUGCAAUAAUAUACAGGUAUAAGCCCAUACCGUGUCAUCUCGAUGGAGAGGUGGCAUCACCUGUAAUCUUAGGGGUUGGGGGGGGGCUUAGGAGCCUGAGGUAGUAUUGAGGGGGACUAUAAUUAAGGGCGGACAUUUACAUCCAGAAACGGCUCGGAAGCAAAGUCCAGUCACCAUCAACAGUGACACGAGAGGUGCGGUCGUACGGCAAAUGCAUUAAGUGUUCUCUCUA